ACCAUGGCAACAAGCACAACCAUGACAACAACGGUUCGUCAUAUUUUUGAGAAGCAUGUUGAAUCCACAUUGCUGCUGGUCGAAAUACAUCGCUGCAAAAUAUGCAACUUUUACUCAUCGCACAGCGGGGUCAUGCGUGAUCAUGUAAGGAGCUCCCACGUCACAAUGGCCAGCGAGGAAAAAGAUUUUGCCAACAUUUCGGAAGAAUCUUCGCAGCAACAAGACCCCGAUACACCACUGAAAAUUGUAUUGAAUGAUAUACAGAACUUGCAGUGUUUGAAAUCUAUUCCAAAAGAUCAAGUUGUCUUGAAAAUGUUAUGUAACUCGAGAACCAAUGAUUGUGGUGUGUUGCAGCCUCAGCAAACUGAGAAAGAGGUUGAUGGUUCUGAAAUGGAUCUGGCAAGAUUUUAUGACUUUCUCAUCACGGAAAGUAAAUUGUGCAUAAGUGAAAAAUCAUCAAAGGAAGCAACAAGUCAUUUGGGAGGAGAUACUAUUGAAAGAAGGAAACAAAUUAAAGUGCAAGCCUUGUCCCCCAAAGUAAAAAGUGACAAGGCAAAUUCAGAUAUAGGGAGGACCAGGAAAGAUGGUUUGAGGGAUUUGAGAACCAAGGUGGAAAAGAAAGAGGAAGAUACUUCGAUCGCAGCAUCUGCCAUCAAACUCGACUUUAACAGGGCGUAUGAAUCGAUGAUGGCAGCAGCGAAACUCAGAAGCGAGACAGUGGAAGAAAAGGGUACAGAGAAAGGAGCAGGCUGGAUUCCGGAAAUGCCGAUCGUUGACAAGUCCCUGUCAUCGGGUGUAGCGGUGAGCGAGGGUCAGGCUCCUGGAUCCGACACUGGCCAAGACUUGCCACCUCACGUUUCUUCAGAACCUGAAGCGAUGUCCGAAGAGACGGAGAAUGUUGAGAGUUUAAAGCAGGAGAAGAAUCCUCCUCAAGGCAGCCAGACCAUAGUGGCCAACUCAGAUCCAUUACCUAGGACAUCAACAGAUGAAGACAUGGCAACAUCAUCAUUGGACAAAGAUCAAGGACAAACCCCAGAGGAUGGUCCCCGACCAGCCCCGCAGACAUUGCCCCUGGUGAUGUUGGAAGGGUCCAAGCUCUACGGCAGCGUGGACUUCCAAGCGAUAGCUCAACGAGCCUCACAGUCCAACCCCGAAGCCACCACUAUCACGGUUGUGCAGCACACCGGUGGUAGUCGCCCACCUACGACCAUCCACUUCAAGAAGAGCCUCAAGAGCGAGGCUAUAAUUCCGACUGGAGAAUCGCUCGGUAUCGAAUCGCCCUUCUUGCGUAAAGAAUACACAGGUUCCAAGAUCUUCGCUUGCAAGGAGUGCCACUCUCGGUACAAGACGGCCAACGAGCUUGAGCGACAUGUUGUCAAGAAGCACCAGAAAAAGAAAAGUUACCUCUGUGAGAUCUGCGGCGAUGCCCUCGCGACUCGCUCCGGGAUGAAAAUCCACAUCAUGCGCAAGCACGCCGACACCAAGGUCCUCACUUGCAACGUCUGUGACUACAUGACGCGAUCAUCAGCAAGGCUUACGAUUCAUCAGAAGAAACACAGCAAGCAAACGUCAGAGUUCCACUGCGUACCUUGUAAGAAGAGUUUCGUGACGGCCUCCAAGCUCCAGCAGCAUAAACACUCGCCAAUGCACAAGAACGCUGUGGACCCGAUUAUCUGCGAGCAUUGUGGGUAUGUCACCAAGAAGAGGGAUAACUUCCUGGUUCACAUCAGGAAGCACACUGGGGAGAAGCCGUAUCGUUGUAAUCACUGUAACUACGCCGCUGCUGAUGGGAGCACUCUCAAGCGUCAUGUGAUGGCCCGUCAUUCUUCCAUCAGACCAUUUCGCUGCUCCCAGUGCCAGUUCUCUUGUGUGGACAAGAAAGGGCUGACGGUACAUCUGCGAAAACACACGGGUGAGAGACCAUUCCUUUGCGACCUUUGCCCCUAUGCUGCUAAACGAAGUGGCGCCCUCACUGUUCACCGGAGGACACAUUUCCAUGACAACAAGACGUCCGUACCCAGUCCUAAAGACGAUCUGACAAUCGAUGGUGGCACAGAGGUUGCUUCAUAUGUGGACAUCAGUGACCUACCCAUAACCCAUGUGCCUUUGACGUCCUUGUCUCCUAACAGGAACUACCCAGCUCAGUUAUCAACACAUACUCCAGCCUCAUCCGAUCUCACCUCACUACCUAGUAGCCAUCAAGGAAUGCCAUCCAACCAGUCUGCCACAGCUUCUGUCCAGCUUUCAGCCGAAGUCAUCGGUGCUCAGGAAACAGAUCAGUCGGUCGGAGCUCUGUGGCAGUCAGUAUCAUAAUGAGGUCAUCGGUGCUCAGGAAACAGAUCAGUCGGUCGGAGCUCUGUGGCAGUCAGUAUCAUAAUGAGGUCAUCGGUGUUCAGGAAACAGAUCAGUCGGUCGAAGCUCUGUGGCAGUCAGUAUCAUAAUGAGGUCAUCGGUGCUCAGGAAACAGAUCAGUCAGUCGGAGCUCUGUGGUAGUCAGUAUCAUAAUGAGGUCAUCGGUGCUCAGGAAACAGAUUAGUCGGUCCGAGCUCUGUGGCAGUCAGUGUCAUAAUGAGGUCAAAGGUCAAGCCAAACGUCUUAUUUUUGUUUCUUCCAGGAAACCAGGGAAUCGUCAUUUUCCUCGUACCGCAGAAUUAAUUGUUAUGAUGUUGAUGUUGUUUAUACUAGGUCUUAUUUAUUUACAGAAUGGUACAAAUUCUUCUUUUUAGAUUGUGUAUUCAAAGAAAUGCUAGAUUUACCUGCCUUCAAAAUGAUUUGACAGGAUUUGAAAAUGCCUGUGUCAUUUUUCUGAUAGUUGUUCAUGCAUCUACCUGAAAAAUGAUUGCAUUCUGAUAGUUGUACAUGCAUCAGCUACCUGACAAAUGAUUGCAUUCUGAUUGUUGUACAGGCAGCUACCUGACAAAUGAUUGUAUUCUGAUUGUUGUACAGGCAUCUACCUGACAAAUGAUUGCAUUCUGAUUGUUGUACAUGCAUCUACCUGACAAUUGAUUGCAUUCUGAUAGUUGUACAUGCAUCAGCUACCUGACAAAUGAUUGCAUUCUGAUAGUUAUACAUGCACCUACCUGACAAAUGAUUGCAUUCUGAUAGUUGUACAUACAUCAGCUACCUGAAAAAAUGAUUGCAAUCUGAUUCUCAGGAAAUUUUGUACAAUUGAUUUUGAUACAAAUUAUGUAUAGAAAUAAUAGUAAUACAUAAAUGUAACAGGCUCACUUCAAAUCAUUAGAUUAAUUGCAUCAGGUCGGGUGGUCGCAUUUCCGGUCACACAACAUUUUGUGAAAACGAAAGCGGAAGAUCAUGUGAAGUUGCAUGUUUAGGACGGGUCCUUUCGUAGAUUAGCUGUAGGGUUUUUACAGUGUCAGGUAAUUAGACCAGACCAUUCGUAGAUGGGGGGUAUUUUUCACAAACAUUACCUCUGUCGUUUCGUGAGUAAAAUGGCAUGCUUUCACAAAAGGUCGGAUAACGACUCAACGCGAUGACCUGAUGAUUCAAAGUAAGCCAUUGUCAGUAACAUGGUGAAUCGCAUUAAAGAUUCAUGUAAUGCGCUAUAUCAAUGUAACAUAACUUUAUUAGCAUUAUUUUUAUUAUUAUUACUAUUAUUGUUAUUAUGAUUAUCAUUAUUAUUAUUCA